AUGGCCACCCCACGCACCAACUCGCCCCAGUCCCGCAACCUCGAAUCACAAGUCGAAUCCGCGCUGCAGAAGUCUCUCGCAGAAUCAGGCUUGCUCAUCGCGGAGCAGACCCCCCGCAAACGCGUCCGUCUUGACGCAAAAACCACCCAACAUGGUGAGCACAUCUCAUCGCCAUCGCCAGUGCUGGCGCCCGCUUUCCCAUCAUGCACAUUUGCACUCAUGCUCGCUGUAGUAGCCGCCGGUUUCAUCGAUUCUGUGUACACCCACGCCUCCCAACCCACACUCUACGCUCUCUAUGCAUUCCUCCUCUUGCUCGCCCUCGCCAUCUUCGUACACCGCGGUCAAACACGGGAAGCACGCCGCCAUUCACCCAGGCACUGGACGCAUGCUGAGAACUGGAUACUAUGGGUUGUCAUACUAGCUUGUUUCAUCACCUUGGUAUAG